AUGCAGCGAUCGUUUCUUCUCGUCGUCUUGACGAUUACAGGGUUGGUAGGAUGUUGGGCAACUUCAACUGAAACCCGAUGUAAAUUUCCUGGUGCACCAGCACACUCAACUGUAUCAUUUUCCAAUGAUACGUUAACCACUGGUACAAUAGCUACGUAUACUUGUGAAAGAGGAUUUGAACUUCUAGGACCAGCAAGAAGAGUAUGUGAAACUACUAGUGAAUGGCUACCAGAAGGAAUACCGUUUUGUGUGUUAAAUGUUGCUGCGGGCAAAGCGCCUAUGCAAAUCAGCUCAGAACCCGGCGGCCUACCUCAAAAAGCCAUCGAUGGUAGCACCAGUUCAUUUUUCAGCCCCGAAACAUGCACACUCACUAAACCGGAACGCACCCCAUGGUGGUAUGUUAAUCUGUUGGAACCGUACAUGGUGCAGUUGGUGAGACUGGAUUUCGGUAAAGCCUGUUGUGGUAAAAACAAACCUGCUACGAUAGUCGUGCGAGUGGGAAACAACAGGCCCGACCUGGGCACAAAUCCUAUAUGCAACCGAUUCACUGGGUUUAUUGAUGAAGGAAAACCGUUGUUCCUUCCGUGCAAUCCACCUAUGCCAGGAGCAUUCGUUAGUGUCCACAUGGAAACCGCUAGUGGAUCCACUCAGUUAUCAAUUUGUGAAGCGUUUGUCUAUACCGAUCAAGCGUUACCGAUUGAGAGAUGUCCGCAAUUCAGAGAUCAACCACCAGGAAGUACUGCUACGUAUAACGGAAAGUGUUAUAUAUUUUAUAACCGGCAGCCAAUGAACUUAAGAGACGCGUUAGGGUUUUGUAGAUCAAGAGGUGGCACAUUGGUUGAUGAAAGUAACCCCGCGUUACAGGGAUUCGUCAGCUGGGAGCUAUGGAGAAGACAUAGGAGUGAUUCACAAAGUCAAUAUUGGAUGGGUGCCGUAAGGGACACUCACAACAACAAAAAUUGGAAAUGGUUAAAUGGUGAUGAUCAAACAGUAACGUUCUGGAGUGUACCGUCAAGCGGUUCUGAAGCGACAUCUGUAAAUGGAGGCGAUUGCGCACGAUUUGAUGGUUCCAAAGGCUGGUUAUGGUCAGAAACUAAUUGCAAUGCUCCGCUAAAUUUCAUAUGCCAACACCAACCGACUGCUUGUGGUAGGCCAGAACAGCCUCCAAAUUCAACAAUGGUAGCUGAAAACUUCAAUGUCGGCACCGCGGUUGAGUAUUCUUGUGAUGAGGGCCAUCUGUUGAUCGGACCGUCUACUCGUACGUGUCUCGGAACAGGGUUUUAUAAUGAAUUUCCACCAGUAUGUAAACGAAUUCAAUGUGGUUUUCCUGCGGACAUUUCAAACGGCAGCUAUAAACUAAUCAACGGUACUGUCAACUAUUUAAGCCAGGUACAAUAUAGUUGCAAUGAGGGACAUAAAAUGAUUGGCAGAGAUAGAUUAAUUUGUGAUUUAGACGAAAGAUGGGAUGGACCACCUCCAAAAUGUGCAGUCCAAAAAUGUGAAGAUCCUCCGGUAAUUCCUAAUGGCGAAUAUCAGAUGUCAAACAAUGAAAGUAUUGUUGGAACACUAGUGGAGUACACUUGUGUGUCCAGACGAUUCCGUUUGGUUGGACCUAAACAAUUAUUAUGCUUACCAAGUGGUCAGUACGAUAAUAAGCCACCUUAUUGCAAAGAAGAAACCAAAACGCCGAUUGUACCGGCCGUGUUAGUGACCAAGACUGUAUCGACAAGUACUGUUCCUAGCAGCCGUGCGCCACCGACUCCUAAUCGUGAAAAACCACGGCCGUUUACAACUAAACCAACUAUAUUGACGAAACCAGCUAACGAUCAGGACGAUAGCGGCCAAACGUCAUCCAAUGUGGUAAUCGCCUCGGCGCAUCCGCAAGACAACGAGAUUCCGGAUAGCGUUCACGUCCGAACAAACCCGAAUGCGGCCAACAUACCGUCUCAGGUGGAAAGCGAACACCGGCUCGGCCCCAAACUGAAUUUGGGAGCAAUAAUCGCAUUGGGUGUGUUCGGAGCAUUCGUGUUCCUAGCAGCAGUUGUGACCACCAUCGUCAUACUCGUGAAAAGGAAUCGCAGUGCCAAACAUUUCCGGCACCGUGCGUCGCCAGACACCAACACGGUCGCCUCGCUGGACUCGUCCGGUUCCGAGAGCCGGGGAGGCCUGAACCGGUACUACAGGCAGGCGUGGGAGAACCUGCACCAGACGGCCGCGUCGCCUAAACACUCGCGGCCGCACCAUCACCACCAUCACCACCACGCUGGAGGUAGGCGCAAGGAUACCGCGGCCGACGGGUCGCCACGCGUCGAGAGCAUGCGCGACGGAUCCGAGCUGGUCGUCAACGACGUGUACCACCCGCGGUCGACGGCGGCGGCGAUGGACCACAAUAAGAAAUCGUCCAGGCAUCACCACCACCAUCACCAUCACCAGAACAGGGCGGCCAACCGAUAUUGAUGCGGGCCCUCGAACUGCAUUAAUUAUUACGGGCGAGAUAUUUCGACGUCGCACACGACUUGUACUGCAGUAUGAUGAUUAAUAAUAUAUUAAUAGGUAUAACUGCAGCAGCUGCUGACGUCGCGCGGUCAUAGUAAUAUUAUAUUAAUAAUACACGUAAAGUUAAACGUUAGUUAGGUAUAUGCCUAUUUUUAUUAUUACACACUAAUUAUUGUAUACGGGCGGUUGAUUCGCUUUCAUCAGUGGAAUCGCUCGUUGUUUCGAAAAAAGUUUUUGGGAAACUUAAGGUACUACAUAUAGGGAUGCAAUCGUAUAUUAUAUUAUUAUUUGUACAGUUUGUCGACUGAACCAGAACACUCAAGUAGGAAAAAGAUUAAUGUACCUACAUUAUCUACCAAUAUAGAAUAUUGUGAAGGAAUUGUUUUGUACCUAUUAUUAAUAAGCAUUUAAAGUUUAGACGAGCGGAGUACAGGUAUAGCGAACCACAAAAUAUGUCGCAGUAUGUCCCCACCGAAGCCUCUAAACUUUAAAUUCUUAUCAAUAAAUAAUGUUCAAUUUGCGACCGUCUUCAGUUUUACCGGAAUAAACAUUUUCAUACAAGUUCUUGUUUUUUUGUUAUAAUCAGUGUUUGUAGCUGUAAAAAAACCGCUACGAGUGCGUUAGCCACAAUCCGAUUCUGCAUGUCAUAUAUUGUCACAUAUACAUUAAUGGUUUCACAUCCCUCAUUUUCAUAAAUACCAAAGACUUAAAUACUAUUUUUAUUUUUAUCUUAUUAAAUAUAUGGACACAGAAAAUAAUAAUACAACUGUCGAUAAAAUGUCGCCCUAGGAACAAGUUUCCUCGGAUUAUUUCUAUUUUCUAUUUGUUUUUCAAUAUAAUAAUUUUCGGGUGAGUGCUUUGAUAUUUGGUUGAAAAAAAUUCAUGUAAAAGAUUAACUAUGACAACUAUCUGUUAUAGUAUCAAUUAACAGUGAUUUUAAACUAUCAUUGAAAUUGGUUUCUAAUAAAUGUAUUGUAGAUUUAAACAGAUAUCAAAGUGUUGGUGAUUGCUUUGUAAAUACAAAAUUUUACUUCAAAUAAAAUCACUAUAUACCAAUUCAACCUCCCGAAUGAACCAAUUUAUUAUAAUUUUAUUUUUUAACUAAUGACAUUUUUACAAUGACAUACAGUUCAUACCUUCCCUAAUUUACGUAGUUCCAAUUAGUUCACAAAAACAACAGUUAAUUAAAUUACAUUUACAUAGGUAGGUAUUCAUUAACUAUAAAAAAUGCAUUUAGUAAACCUAUAGAUUCAUUAAAAAACUCGAAUCCAUAGUAUAUGCAUUUUUCUUUUUUUUUAUUGUAGAAAAUAUUAAAUAAUUAAAUAAACAAUAAUCUGUAUAUAAAAUAUUUUACUAUACAUUAUAAUUUAUAAUAUAGACAUUAGACAUAAAUGGAAAAUGUAGCAAUUAAUAAUUUUCGUAGAAAGUCUGAUAAGUACCUAUGUCCAUUGUUUGACUUUUCUUUCUUCAAAAUAUUUUAAUCUUGAGUCUUUAUAAUAUUUGGAUAAAUAACCUUUUGGCUAUUAAAAAAUUGUAUCACUUUAUUUUUCUAUUUGUCCAUUUAUAUUAUAUUACAACAUUAUGCAUAAUAUAAAAAGUUGAUUCUCAAGCCUAAAAAUUAUUUCACUUGUAGAAUGUAGAAAUACAACUAUUAAUGACUGACAGUUAGAAAAAUAAAGCUUUAAGUCAACCAAAAAUUUAAAAUCCUCA